AAGUGACGCAUAUGACGUUUUGUUGACAUUCGUUUGUGAAAGACAAAAACAGUGGACACACACUGGAUGGUGUAUUUUUGGAAACCAACUGACAGACCUCGCGACCCAAACAGAACACCAACGUAUCGUGGUUCAAACAAGCGUCUGCCCGCGUGCGUCGAACGAGUUCUGAGUCAACGGCCGGGACAUCAAAGAGGGUCCGAAAGACAAGAUCCUUAACGUCAGACGAUCGACAAAACGAACCGUUUCACCCGGACUGCUCGAGUGGCUGAAUCAUCCACAGGCUAACAAGCAAUCAGUUGAGGUCAGCUUGUCAAUCUCAACCGACAUCAAACAGUGAACUGCCACUCAGCAUUUCUGUUACUAUGGUGAUGUAGGAGGGUGAGACACGAGCGCGGUCACCGUACCAACAGGGGAGGUUAGCAAACAAAACAAAAUAAAUAAGCUAGUGCUAGUGCUAGUGCUAGCCGCCGCAGCUAACGUUCCAAUUAGAAUGUAGCGGAGGUGACGUCACCGCGUUCGAUCCGCUCCAGUGUUUACCACAAGGAGCUCGUCAGCUGGGAGUCAGCCUUUAAGCAUGUGAAGCACAAUGGCCAACUUUGAAGCUUACCAGCAGUACCAGAGGAUCGAGGACUUCGAGGAGGACUCGCCACCAGGGGAGGAGGAUCUACUGGUGCACGUGCCAGAAGGCCUAAAAGACUCAUGGCACCAUAUCAAGAACCUGGAUAACUUCUUCAAAAGGAUCUAUCAUUUCCAUCAAAAGAAUGGCUUCGCCUGUAUGAUGUUGUCAGAGUGCUUCGAACUUAUUCAGUUUUUGUUUGUUGUCACAUUCACAACGUUUCUUGUCAACUGUGUGGAGUACGAUGUCCUGUUUGCCAAUCGAGUGGUCAACCACACCGGGCCGGGCCAGAACCCCUUGGACAGGAACAAGGUCACUCUUACAGAUGCCAUCCUCCCUAGUCAGCAGUGCACUCAGAGGAUUCAAGAGGACAGUUGGAUCAUAUUCCUCCUCAUCCUGGCAGCUGUCUUCUGGAUCUAUCGACUUAUUAAAGUCUUUUGCAAUGGUCUUAGCUACUGGGAGAUCAGGCAGUUCUACAUCAAAGCACUGAAGAUCAGGAUGGAUGAACUAUGCAACUUCACAUGGCAGGAAGUCCAGGACCGGCUCAUCAGCCUGCAACGAGAACAGCAAAUGUGCAUACACAAGAAGGAGCUGACUGAACUUGAUAUCUAUCACCGCAUACUGCGAUUCAAGAACUACAUGGUGGCCAUGAUUAACAAAUCGCUGCUGCCGGUGCAGCUGCAGCUCCCCCUUCUGGGCAACGUGGUUUUCCUCACCCAGGGCCUCAAGUACAACUUUGAGCUCAUCCUCUUCUGGGGUCCUGGCUCUCUGUUUCAGAACAAGUGGAACCUGCACCCCAAGUACAAGCGGAAUGGAAACCGCCUGGAGCUCGCCCAGCAGCUCAGUAGAGUCAUCCUGCUGAUGGGUUUGGCGAAUUUGCUGCUGUGUCCCUUCAUCCUGGUGUGGCAGGUGCUCUACGCUUUCUUCAGCUAUACCGAAGUGAUCCGCAGGGAACCCGGAAGCCUGGGGGCGCGGCGCUGGUCCCUGUUCGGUCAUCUAUACCUGCGACACUUCAAUGAGCUGGACCACGAGCUGCAUGGACGCUUGGGCCGCGGCUACAAACCCACGUCCAAAUACAUGAACUCCUUCACGUCACCAGUGAUGACUGUGCUUGCUAAGAACUUUGCCUUCUUCUCGGGCUCAAUUCUGGCCGUGCUCAUUGCGCUGACAGUGUAUGACGAGGAUGUUCUGACAGUGCAGCACAUUCUGACUGCUAUCACUGUGCUGGGAGUGAGCAUCACUAUCGCCAGGUCCUUCAUCCCAGAUGAGCAUAUGGUGUGGUGUCCAGAACAGCUGCUGCAGUGCAUGCUGGCACACAUUCACUACAUGCCAGACCACUGGAGGGGCCAUGCUAACAAGGGCGAGACCCGUGACGAGGUGGCGCAGCUGUUCCAGUACAAAGCGGUGUUCAUUUUGGAGGAGUUGCUCAGUCCUAUCGUCACACCCUUCAUUCUCAUCUUCCACUUGAGGAAUAAGUCUCUCGAGAUCAUUGACUUCUUCAGGAACUUCACUGUGGAAGUGGUUGGAGUCGGAGACAUCUGUUCCUUUGCCCAGAUGGACAUCAGACGCCAUGGAAACCCAACAUGGAUGUCAGCGGGCCAGACGGAGGCCUCCAUAUACCAACAAGCUGAAAAUGGCAAGACAGAGUUGUCACUUAUGCAUUUCACCAUUAAGAACCCACGCUGGCAGCCGCCUCAGGAGAGCUCGGUGUUUAUCAGCCAUCUGAAGGAGAAGGUGCAGCACGAUGCACAGGGUGGCCCCUCCACCCAGCUGCUGCUCUCUGAGGCUCCUCUCUGCACCUCACUGCAGUCCAACGAGUCUGGCACUGGGCCUGAUAAUCUGUUGGCCAGUGUCCUGGCACACCCCAUCCUAACUGCGUCUGGACUACAAGGGCGAGACCAUCGCUUCAUCCCACCGAGCACCGCUGCCUCUGCUGCUGCCAGUGUCCUGGCCUCUCUGUCCACCUCCCAGCUCCCGCACACCAGCCGCGGUCGCUCCCAAAGCCUCCUGCACUCAUCCGUCCACCCGGAGAGCACCAUGUACCGCAGUGAUCGCACCAUCAAUGACAGUAUGUCUAACAGUGAGUGUCACACCCGGACCAACACACUGCAAACAGAGUUUGCCUCGGCAGAGAUGAGUCUCCAUGCCAUCUACAUGCAUGAGCUCCACCAGCAGAGCUCCCACCCACAGAGAACUUCGGGGCAGUGGCAGAACCCGAUGCCACUGAGAGAUCUGCACACAAACACUGAUUUCCAGGCAAACAGGGGACUUUCUUCCAGCAUCUCCAUGCCCACCACUGUCCACCUUGGUGGCUGGCAAGAGGAAGAGGAGGAGAAUGAAGAUGAACAGGAGAUUAAUAGUGGAUCUACUCCAAAACAGGCCACAGGGAGUAGUUGUUGAAGUGCCUUAUGUCAUAAGGUAUAUGCUCUCUUUUAAAACUCUGUAAUAUGACACAUGUCUACGAUCUAUGCUUUGUGGUUCUGUAUCCUGUGUGUUGGUCGAACCUAACAACAAUGGCCUUUUAUCCUACAAGGGAUACAUCGCCAUGAUGAUUUCUCCUCUCUCUCUCUCUCUCUCUCUCUUUUACUUUUUUCUUUUUUAUAGUGUUUACAUUUUAUUUUUUCUUCUAUGAACAUUGUGGCCUUAGAUGAUCUUCAUGGAGAAUUUAGCAUGGACCUUUAAAACCAUAAUUCAGCAUUUGUUUUAGGAGAGGGCUCAUUUAAUAACCACCGUCUCCGCGCCUCAUCCUGUCACAUCAGGCAGACUAUGGCAUCAGGGAAACCAUACGUCUUCCGUCCGAUCCAUGUUGAUUUUGUCAUCAACUUGUACAGACAAACUUUGUGUACAGCGACAGAGAGACAUUAUGGUGUAUUCAUAGGAUCACUGUGUGAAAAGGAGUGCAAAAGGCUCAUCUCGACCUCUGCUGAGCCUGUGUGCUCACACUUCAAGUAUUUGUGCAUCGCAGAGAUUUCCAGCGUGAGUCUUAACUGAAGUUUCUCACAGUGGGAGGAUCUGUGCUACACAGACUGCAAACUGUGUCGUAGCUGCCUGAACAAUUUUGAUCACCUUUAAAAAAGAUGAUUCAAUAUUUCAAGUUGUGCUGUUUUUAACCUAGUGAUUUGUAAAUACUCUUUUGCGUCUAAGUUAUCCUUUAAAAGUCCACAUUUUUACUACCAGAGCUUAUCCUUGAAUAUUAUACCAAGUAUUGAUUUGAUAAAGAGCUGACUGUGCAGGAGCUGAACUACUAAAACACCUUGUGUACCUGUCAGAACAUGUCUUUAAUACAGACAUAAACAUGCUGUGAUGCUGCUGUCUGUGUUUAGUGGUCCUAAGUACAGAUAUUACUCAGUAUUAAUAUUUCCACAGCUGAUGUGUCGAACCACUUUUCCCUCAUAAACGGGACUGAAAUCAUGGGCACCAAAUACGCUUGGCGUCAAAAUCCAAAUGCAGAUAUAAUAUGUCUUUUAAGUCUGUUAAAGCUGGACACAAAGUCAGCUUUAUGCCUUAACACCCAUUUAAAAACAUAUGUUUAAAUCCUAGAUUCCGUGUUACCUCAGUGGUGGUGAAGAAAAACUUCUACUCCAAUCAAUACCUCUGCAGUGUAAUUACUCUUGUGUAAAAAAAAAAUAUAUAUAUAUACAAUAUGGGGUUCUUUUGCAGUAUGCAGAUGCAUUUUUUAACUGCAUUUUGGUUUUAAUGGCAAGUGUAAAUGGAAUUUGUUCCAUUUUCUGUUCUUAAUUCGUCCCCGACAGAUGUUUUAAGUCGAGCAUUGAUGUCCCAGAAAAUGUGGGAAGGAAUCUUUUUUUUUUUUUUUUUUUUUAAAGAACAAAACAGGGUGGUGUUCUUUAGCAUAUCUUUGCGCACAUUAGCAUUUUGUCUGAAUCUUUUUUCCACAAAACGUUCAGAUAAAGAAAUGGAACUUCAUCUUAAGGGCUGAGUGUGUGCUGUUCCUUCUGCAGCUUUAGGUUUGAAAAAGAGUUCCUCUCAGUGUUGGCUUAAUACUUUUCAAAGUAAGAGCAUGAGGAGAAAAAAGCCUUUCCACUGCAUAAUUUGUUAGAUUUAGGUUUAUUAUUAGAUAUUUUUAAGUGAUUUAUGUGUAUUAUUUAUUUUGUAGAAAAAAAAAAAAAAGUUUUUUUAAAUGAUUAACUUUCAGAAAUUCUUUUUUUAUUGAACAAAAAAAAAAAGUUCCCCCAUUAAAAAAAAAAAAAAAAAAGUAGUUAAAAAAACAUUUUCGAUUUUGAAAUUCUAAUAGAAAGAUUUUAUGAAUGCAAAAGUUACGUGGCUAGCUGCAUGAAUUUAAAUGUUAUUUGCACAUAGAUAAAUUGGGACUAAAUCUGCUUGGUGGGCAAAAAAAAAAUCUUUCGCCCGUUUUUUAUUGCAUUCUCCAAAGAUCACAGUUAUAUAGACGUCAUCCUUCACAAUUGCAAGACUUCAGAGGAUACACACAUUUCUUUGCCCUCUCAAUGUUUAGAAACUAUGUCUGUGGAAGGAAUGCUUUUUGACACAUGCAUUAUUAAGCUAACAUGAACUCAGAAGUUUGCACUGACAGAAUAUAAACAUUUUUUUAAUAUGUGUGUGUGUAUAUAUAUAUCUAUAUAUAUAUAUAUAUAUAUACAAUACUUGCAUCAGUUAGAUUUUUAUAAACUGCAGGUCUCAAAAGGGACGCUUGAGUCAGUCUCCAUCUGGAAUGACCUCUCGUUGUUUGUAUAUAAGCAAAGCAUCAGCACAUAUUGUAUCGUCGUUGUCCACAGCAGACCCACCUGGAAAUACUGUGGCCAAUCACAUAAGGUCUUCUUACCUCUGGUCAGUAAAUCUUCGCCCUGUAGGGGACGAUGUGUGUCUUUGUCACACUGUUUAAUGUGCGUACAUGAGUGAUGUGGUCACUGUCUGUUUUGUGUAGUGAGUUUAUGUCUCAGAGACACUGGAGCUCAGCUUUGUGCACAGAGUUGAUUCCUUUUCACCGUCUCCACAUUUACACCUCACUGUCAUGUUUGUCAUUUUAUUUUAAUCAGUGCCUUAGUAUUAAGGAUUAGUAAUUGCUCUUUAUAGAAGCCAUUUCAUGUGAACCAUUGGAUUUACUUUCACAGAUUUAGCAGCACAUACUAUGUACAGUAUUUUAUUUUGGCAUGUCAUCGUGUAUAGCAUCGAGUAUGUAUUGAAGUCGUGAAUGUGGCUUGUAAGAUGAGAUGUUUACUGAUCUUGUUUCAGUUUGUUGCAUCCGACAGCACACUUCUUCUUAUCGUGGUGUUUUCGAUUUUUGCACUGUCCUCAAUAUCCUAAAGAAGCAGGAGUGUGCCUUGUAAUUGCUGGUGUCAUCACAGCCAACCUUCUCAUCUUACUAUGGUUUCUUAUCCACUAUACACCAGUCCAACAAUCACAGUGACUGGUAACAAGGUGCUAAGUUUUCAUCCUGAAGUGUUGAAUACGUUUUAAGACAUGUUUUAGUUUGUUUUUUGUUUGUUACACAGGUUCGUCUGUUUGUUUUUGUUCUGUAAAUUAAGAAACUAGCUGAAAAAUGAAACAUGCCAAAAUAACUUGUUUUCAGCACAGCUUUACAAAACAUGUUUUGUUUUUUCUGUGAGUGAGCAGAGAGGCGAAUACAUAUUAUUUUGAGUGUAUUUAAUCAUUUCAUGUGUGGUUGAUUUUGCGAUGUUUAUGUGAAAUAAAAAUAUAUUUAAAUUUUCAUUUAUUUUCGUUUUAUAUUUGCUUUGCUGGUUUGCAGUGUCGGCUUGUGAGAUUACAAUGUGAAACAUUUUCUUUACAAGAUGUGUACCGAUCUGACACUGAUAUAUUUUUACUGAUUCUUUUGUCCUUCUGAACUGUAGAGGAAGUCCUUUUUUAUUUAACAACUUUGAAAUCUGAUGUGUUUAUUUAGAACGGUUCAACGAUGAGGUCGAGCCUGAUAAAUCUGAGACGUCCUAACAUGGUCACUGCACAUGGAUAGAAAACAGACUCUGCACAGUGACUAAAUAAACCAAAAGGAUACUCAAAGCUUUGUGGGAUUUGAAACUUAUGACUUUGGCGACUCCUAGUGGUAAUAUCAGAAAAGGCUUUUAAGUCAGACAGCAAUGCAAGGUGCAAUGAAGGUUUAACAUGGACACAAAAGAAAAAAAAUCUAAAAACUAUGUAACUUAUGACGAACAUCUAAAAGAUGCAUAUCAUUUUAUAUACGUCUGAUUUAAAUGUGUCUGAUUUAAUCUGAUAACUCAUUAAGGUUUUGAACUCUUCUUUCACCUUCCCUUCCUCGAGGUGCAAUAGGAGCUCAGUGGUGCAAUUCUUUCGAAACAGAAUACUUAGACUUUAUUUAUUGUACCCAGACAUUAUCUGUUUAGGACACGUUGACAAUGUUCAUAUGUGCCACGUCUGUGUUUCUGUGCUGUGUGUCUCUUGUGUGGCUCACUGUCUCUUUUCUGAUACAGUGGAUUUCUUUCACUGUUUAUAUCCUCCUCUCGCGUGCAUAGCAGAACAAACACUCUUGGCUGAAAUCCUGUAUUAUAAUCCUAGGUUGAAUGGUGGGUUCAACCUAUUGUAAUAUAAGAUUUUUUUUCUACAUUAGUUACAUAUUUUUGUUUGAUUUCACUUUGUGGGUUAGAAUAGUUAGGCAGACUUUUGUUUCGUGUUUUUUCCGCGUUGGCAUCUCAUUGGCCUGUGUAACCCUGUUGCCCUACUGCUACUCUGUCAAUACUGUAAAUGCUAUCCACAUUGUAAAUAAACACCACAUGCCUCUAUUUUGAGACACACUA